GGCUGCUGAGAGCCUAUAAAUGCGUCCAGCCCCGGGUCCAGUAGCAUCGGCUACGCACGGCUUAGUGGAGGAACCAUCAUUAUCGCCCACCUCGAAACAGAUCGGUAUAGCAAAUAUGAUCGAAGACGCGCUGAAAAAGACUGUCACAGUCACGCAGACUCUGACCGAGACCGUCACCAAGGCCGUUCCUUCGCACGACCCGACCUCAUCAUGGACUACGACCACCUCGGUGGCUCCUAUCCCCACAGUAAUUCCGGACCAUCCAACCUUCCAGGCGGUUGAUACUGCUGCCAAGCGGACAUUAUGGGUUGUUACAGUGCUCAUGGCGCUUUCGUCUCUGGUUUUCUACAUUCUCAGCAAUCGCGUACAGCUACCAAAACGUGUCAUUCACUACCUAGUCGCUACCGCAACCACAGUUUCAUUUAUCAUCUAUCUUGCUCUUGCUACGGGACAGGGCAUGGACUGGAAAUACGAUACAUAUAACCACAAGCACAAGCACGUUCCGGACACUGAAUAUGGAAUCGUCCGCCAGGUCCUUUGGUUGCGCUAUGUCAAUUGGUUCCUUACCGGACCCCUGAUUCUCGCAAGCUUGACCCUCCUCUCCGGCCUCCCUGGCGCGUCGCUCUUUGCUGCCAUUGUAGCCGAUUGGGUAAUGCUGGGAACUGGCCUUUUCGGCACUUAUGCUCCCAACACAUCGCGCAAGUGGAUCUGGUUCGCUCUCAGUGCGAUUGCUUUCAUCACUCUCAUCUAUCAUAUCGGCAUCAAGGGAACCAGAGCCGCGAACAACCGGGACUCGCACACCCGCCGACUCUUCUCGGCUAUCGCAAGUGUGGCACUUCUGGCCAAGGCUUUGUACCCGAUUACCCUGGCUGCUGGCCCGCUCUCUCUCAAGCUUGGCCUCACUGGAGAGACCAUCCUCUUUGCCAUUCACGAUAUCGUCAUCCAAGGAAUCCUCGGGUACUGGCUUGUCAUUGCAAAUGAUGCUGCUACUGGAACCAACCUCUAUGUAGACGGCUUUUGGUCUAGCGGACUCGGCAACGAGGGAGCAAUCCGCAUUAACGAGGAAGAGGGCGCUUAAUUCGUUUUACUCUCAAUAGCCCUAAAGUCUACUAGAACUCGAUAGGACACGAACGAUUUGAAUUCAGCGCAGCUGCGGAAGCAGCGUAAAUUUACGGAAGAGCAGCUUGUCCAAACAAGGUAUAUGAUAGGAACUGUUUGUGCAGCAUAACCUUUCGAGGUACUAUUAUCAGUCUGUGAAGUCAUGAUCUCAGCUGGCGUUGUCUAAUUAAUGGGUGUAAUUUAACUAUUAACAGCAAUAGCAUAAGUCGUGAUAAAUACAUAAUAUUUCUAUAUCACUUGG